AUGAUAUAUUCGCAUCCAAGACGAUUGGAGUAUCCAGAUGUCGAUCUUCUCACAUUUCUGUUUGACUACGAAGGGUGCCAAGCAAAAGAAGACACUCCAAUCUUCGCGGAAGCUAAACAUCCUACCAAAGUCAUCACCAAAGCCAAAGCUCGCGAUCUAGCUCGUCAGAUUGCUUACUUUCUUCGCCACCAAUACGGAAUUGGUAAAAAGGGUCCUGAUAAAGACAUAGUUGUUUCGAUAUCCACGGGACAGUCCGCGCUUGCUUGCAUCUUUUACGCUGUCCUUGCUGCUGAAGGCAUCUACUCAGCGGCAUCGCCAUCUUCUACGACGUCGGACCUGACAAGGCAGAUUCAUGAUGGACCUGCUAAGCUUCUUAUAUGCAGCGAAGAUCUGAAAGAUGUUGCUUUGAGUGGCGCCCACGAUGCCGGAGUCCCUGCCAGAAAUGUUCUGGUGCUCAGUUCGUACCCAGAGAUUCAGCUGAAGAGCGCAGAUGGAACAGUCGAAUGUGAUUUUGAGGGUUCUCUGGAUUGGAGGCGUAUAACUGAUCCAAAAGAGCUGGAGUACAGCAAAGCGUGUAUUCUGUACUCGUCAGGGACCACUGGGCUGCCCAAAGGUGUUCUCAUAUCUCAUCAAAAUCUGGUUUCUGUAUGUUAUUUUCCUGCUCUUUUGGAUCUGGAAGGUUGGAAAAGAGUAGGCCAUAUUUUUCCCAGAUCUACUCUCGGUCACUUGCCUGCAGCGCACAUUGCCGGCAUACUCAGCUACUUCAUAAAAUGUUUUUAUGAUGGAGGAAUCGUUUACUGGAUGCCAAAGUUCAAUAUCGACGAUUUCAUCCGGCAUACUGCAGAACUCAAAGUGACCUAUUUCUUUACUGUACCGCCUGUAUGGAUGGCUAUUGCAAAGAACCCAGCGGUGAUGGAUCAGUUCAAGAGCGUUGAAUACGGCGUUGCUGGUGCUGCUCCUAUGAGCUACGACCUACAACAAUCGGCUACCAACAAGUUAAAAGGCGAGAUUACUCAAGUAUGGGGAAUGAGCGAAACGACUGGCGUUGUAACGUAUACUCCGCCAGAUCGUCAUGAUACAGUGGGGUCUUUGAGUCCAUUAAUGCCCAACGUCGACAUGAGGCAAGUAACACUAGUAGAUGAAAAUGAUAAUGACGUUGAGAUUGGACAGCCAGGCGAGGCGCUACUGAAAGGCCCAAUGAUCACCAAAGGUUAUCACAACAACCCUGAAGCUACCAAGUCAUCUUUCACUGCGGAUGGAUAUUUACGAACUGGGGAUAUCCUUAGAGUUGAAGGAGAUUUGCUCUACAUAGUAGACAGGAAAAAGGAGCUUAUCAAAUACAAAGGGAUGCAAGUCGCGCCAGCCGAGCUAGAGGGCGUUCUUAUUGCGCACCCAUCCGUCUUUGAUGCUGGCGUGAUUGCAACACAGCGAGGAGAUGAAGAAGUACCGAUGGCAUAUGUGGUCCUUGUGCCUGGGGCAGAAGGGAAAGUAUCGGAAACCGAGCUGGUCGACUAUGUCGGGAGUAAAGUCGCAAAUCACAAGCGCUUGAGAGGCGGUGUUGCCUUUACCGAUGUUAUACCAAGAAAUCCAACAGGCAAGAUAUUGAGACGAGAGUUGAGAGCAUUACACAAUCGUCGGUCAAAGCUCUAA